AUGAAUUAUUAUAUGCCCCAAAACUUUGACGAAAUAUUAGUACAUCCAAAGGACAAAUUAAGUAUUUUACAUUUUUUUAUAAACAUAAUAAAUUUUAACAAUGAUCCGAUAUUAUGUAAAGAAUUACAAGCUGCUUGCAACAGUAAAGAAAAUGAAGAUAUACUCAAAUUGAAAAAUGUAUGUGUAAUAUUAGGUGCCCCUGGAAGUGGAAAAACAACCUUAAUAAAAUAUAUAUGCCAAAAGUUAAAUAUAAGAGAAUGCUACUAUGAAUCUGAAUCCCAAGAAAAUAUAAAUUUUAUUAGGAAUAUGAAAAAUGCAGACGGGGAUAACUCUUAUUAUUAUCAUCCUUAUAAUGAAUUUUUAUUGUACUCGAGUUGUCAAAUAGGCAAUAAUAAAAAACCCAAGACUAAAAAUGAAAAAAAAUAUGAGCAAUCCAAAAUAAUAGAUGAUAAAAUAUACGAAGGAAUACCAGAAAACAAUAGAAAUAAUGACCAAUUGAAUGAACAUAAUGGAAUGGAUUUUGAGGGUACUAGUGGAAAUAAUAAUAAACGGAAAUAUAUAGAUAAAGAAGAAAUAGCCAAUUUAAAUAAAAUAGCAAAGUUAGGUGUCGAAAAGAGUGACACAAAUAUGCAGGAGCUGAAUAUACUCCUAAGCAAUAGUAAUGAAAAUAGAAACAAUAGCAGUUGUAAUGAUGGAGUAAAAAAAGUGAUCAUAGACGAAUUAACCGAAUACAGCAUUUUGAAUGGAAAAUCAACUAAGAUGUUCUUAAAAAUGUACAAUACAUAUAUAAAUAUAUUAGAGACGUCAAUCAAAAGUGUUGAAUGUAAAGACGGAAAAGAAGAGUUGUUAUUACCAUUUUCGCUUAUGAGCAAUAGUUAUUACAAAAACAUAGAUAAAAAUUAUAAAUUAAUCAACACUAUUUGGAAGAAAAUCCAAAGUGUUUUAGAUUUUUCUUACACUUUUAGAACAAAUUUUUUCCAAAAUUCUGAAAAAUCAAAUAAUAUUGAAAAAAAAAAUAUAAUAGACUUAUUUGUAGAUAAUAAUUACCAUGAGUAUGUAAUUAAAAACUUAAAUGAAUUGAAUAAAAUACAUGAAAAUAUUAAUGUUAAUUUUCUUGAAUCAAAUACUGUUAAUAAAUUAAUAAUUGAAAAUUUAAAAAUAGCUAAUCAUUUGAUGGCAGAAAAUAGGAGUAACCUUUUUUUAGCUAACACAUUAAAAGAGGAUGUAAUUUGUUAUAUGAAAAAAAAAAAUAUUAAAAAGAAAAUUGAAGAUACUUUAUUUAGAAAAUAUUAUUUUGAAAAAAAACAAAAUAGUAAUCUAAAUAUUGAACAAAUAUAUCAAUCAUUUUCUUUUUUAUCCAAUUUUAAGGAAGAAUGCAAAUGGAACAGUAACAUAUUAUUAAAUAAUUCGAUAAAUAGAGAAAUUAAAAAUUUUAUAGAUUUUCAUAAUUCUAGAGAAGUGAUAAAAUGGUUAAUAAUAGAUGAAAGCAAUAAUAACUCUUUUAUAAAUUAUACAACUAUUAUUAAUUCUUUAAACGAAAGAAAAAGUUGUUUACAUGUUUUAAAAAGUUUGAAACAAGAGCAUGAAAUAGACAACCUGAUGGAGUUCCCAAACCCACAUCCUAAUCUUCAAGUUAAAUGUGGCAUGAAUAAAUAUGUAGACGAAAUAAUUGAGAAUAUAAAUUAUUCUGAUAAUAAUAUGCUUGAGCUGAUUUUCAUAAAUAACAUAAAUAAUAAUUUAAUAAAUAAUAUGAAUUUAAAUAUUUCUAUAAAUGAACUAAUAAAUUGUAAUGAAUUUAUAACUAACUAUCUAACUGAUAUAACUAUUAUUAAUUAUUUGAUUGUUAAAUAUUUGAAGGAGGACUCUGUAAAUUCUUUUAUCAAAGUAAAUAGUUCCAUCAAAAGAAUGGAUAAGGAAAAUUAUGAGCUCUUUGAAUGGUUACAAAGAGGAGAAGAGAUUAAAUAUUCAAUAAAUGAAAAUAACACAGGGCAAAAAAUUCCGACAUGUUUAAAUAGUUCAUCAUUAUGUACUUACAAUGAUUUUAUCUUGUUUAAUAAGAGGAAAGAAAAGAUAUUUUCUCAUUCCCAAAACAUUUCAAAAAAAAAGGAAAAAACUGAUAUUCAUUCAAAAAAUGUAGACACAUCAAACGAUGGCUUGCAUUUUAUAUCAGAAAAGGUUCGAGAUAAAAUAAUAAAUUAUUCAAAAGAAAUAUAUAAAAUAAAUAAAAGAAUCAUGCUCGGGUUAAAUAAAUAUAAUGAAUUAAUAGAAAACACAAUGCUUUUAUUAAAAAAAGAAUAUGUUAUAAAAAAAAAACUUUUGAUUGAUAUUUUCGAAUGCUUAGAAACAAAUGAUAAUAUAAUGAAUUGGCUUGUAUCUAAAGAUUUUAAAAAGACAAUAAAUAACAUAAUUCUGAAUAGUAGCCUGUAUAGGUAUUUUAUAAAUUUAAAUUUAAAAAGCAAAAAAGAAUAUGAUAAAAAAAAAAAUUAUUAUGAUAAUCAUUAUAUUAAUACUCGGGCUAUUAUUAUUGAUGAGUUGCCGUUAUCUGAAUUAGAAUAUUCUGAAGACUUCAGAAAGAGUUGUGUUAAUUCUAUUCAAUUUGUUUUUAAUCGUGUUAUUUCGUGUAAAAAAGAAUAUUCUAAAUAUAUUAAUGAAGACAGGAAAAACCAAAAAAAUCGUGAAUGUUAUUGUAUACACCCAAUAAUUAUUUUUAUAAAUUCUUUUGAAAAAAUAAAAACGAUAAAUACAUUAUUAGGAGUUGAUAUAAAUUAUUCUCCAUUUGUUAAUUUUAUAAAACUAAAAAAAAUACAUCCAUUAUAUCUAGAAAAGGCAUUAUCUGAGCGAUAUUAUUGUAAAAUGAUAAAUUUAAAUAAAAAUAUAAAAGAAGUUAUAAAAAAUAUAUCUUAUAAUUGUAAUGGAGAUAUUCGAUCUUGUUUUAAUUCUUUAGAUUUUAUAAAUCGAAUACCAGACUUAAAUAAAAUGUCAUUUGAGCAAAUAAUGGAUGUUUCAGUAUUAUGCCAAAAUGAUAUUUUUACAUUUGCUAAAAAUGUUUUAUGUGGAAAAAUUUAUUCAAAAAAUAGGAUAUCACAUAACAGUAACAGCAAUAUAGAUUUAGAACCUCAUUUAAGCUCGAAUACAAAUAAUGAGGGCAUAUUUCGAAAUUAUAUUGGUGAUAUAAAUGCAUAUAAUAAUGCCAAACCGAAUGUUAUGGAAAAUGAAAAAAAGAAAAAAAAAUGGAGUAUUUAUAAAGAAUUAGACGAAAAAGCAGAUAUGAUGAAUAUUAGUGAAAAAUUUCAAGUUUUAUCUAUAUUGAAAGAAAAUUUUAUAUUUUUUUAUAAUAAUUUAUAUGAUAUAGCUAAAUUAUUUUCGAAUUUAAGUACAAUUGAUUAUUCUUUUCGAGGUGUAGAUUGUUCAAAUAAUUUAAUGAGAAAAACUUAUGAUAAUAAAAAUCAUGAUACUACAAAAUUCAUUAAUGAGCAUUUUAGUUUAACAUAUAGAUAUUACAUUAUGUGUAAUAGAAACAAUAAUCAUUUAAUGCAAAAUGGAUAUUUAUCUAAUGGGAUAGAAAUGUUAGACAUUGUAGAAAAAGUUAACAAUACAUCUGACAUUGCAUCAAUCACAUCUUUGGGUAAAACUAACUUGGAUAAUACUGCAAAUCAAAAUUCAUUUUUAGUUAAAACAUUUUUUUCGUUAAAGACAAAUUAUAUGAAUAAAUAUUAUCAUCAUUUUAGUAUAGCUAGAAAAAAAUUAUAUGAUAGAUAUAUUAUGAUAGUUAUUAGAAAGUUGAUUAAUCAAAAUAUAAAUACCGAUGAAAAUAUUACUGAAAAAUAUGUUUUUUUUUUAAGAGGGAAUUAUGAAUUAUUUUCUAGCGUUCUACCAUCAUAUAUAUUACUCAUUAUAAAAUAUUGGAACAGUAUUUAUAAAAAUGGAUCCAGUAAUAUAAUGAUGAAUAAUAUAAUAAGUGAAGAAAAUGCAGUACUUGAAAAUUAUGAAGAAAAGAAUAAUUUAGAAACUAAUGAGCACAACAGUAUAAACAACAAUGAUGAUACAAUAAUUGAUCAAAAUGAAAUAAAUAAACCAUAUGGAUUUUAUUUUAAUGAAUAUUGUGAAAUGCUUUAUGAUUUUAACCCUAACUCUAUAAAAGAUAAAAAAAGAUAUGAGCAUAUGAUGGAAGUUAUUUCUUUCGCUGAAACAUUUAUUACUCCCAAAUUUAUUGCUCUGUUUUUCCCCUCAUAUUUAAAAUAUUUAAAAAACGGAACUAAACAAAAACAGAAUGUAAUAAACUUAGUAGGUAAUCAAGCAGUAUCUAAAGAGACAUAUUUUGAAAUGAUAAAAUUACUUCGAAUGCAUGAUAUGGAACUGUAUAAUUAUUUUUUUUAUUAUUAA